AUGGCUACCAAAACCGACAUCGUACUCUACACGGCCUCGACGCCCAAUGGCAUCAAGGCGUCAAUCGCCCUCGAGGAGCUCGGUCUCCAAUACAAGCCGUGGUUCCUCGAAAUCAACCCCAAUGGACGCAUCCCCGCCCUCACCGACGCUCUGGACGGCAAAAAGGUGCGCGUCUUUGAGAGCGGCGCCAUCCUCGAGUACCUCGCGGACCGGUACGACAAGGACCACAAGAUCUCGUAUCCUCGGGACACGCCCGAGCAUUGGGAGGUCACGAGCUGGCUCAUGUGGCAGAUGGGCGGCCUUGAGCCGAUGCAAGGCCAGGCAAACCACUUCAAGAGAUACGCCCCCGAGAAAAUCGAAUACGGAAUCAACCGCUACGGCAACGAAACGCGCCGCCUGUACCGCACCAUGGACGACCACCUCGCCAAGUCGCCGCACGGGUUCCUGGUCGGCGACCGCGUUACCAUUGCCGACAUUUCGUGCUGGGGAUGGGUUGCUGCGCACACGUGGGCGGGCGUCUCGCUCGACGAGUUUCCCCAUCUCGACAAGUGGCUCAAGACGCUGCUGAAGCGGCCGGGCUUCGAAAAGGGCCGCCAUGUCCCCCAGCCGCACACCGCCUUUGACAAUGACAGCCUGACCGAGGAGGAGCUCAACGCAAAGGCCGCGGGGGCGAGGAAUUGGGUGCAGGGCGGCAUGAAGGCUGAUGCGCAGAAAUGA